ACAGGAUCAAUUUUACUUGAGAUUAACUAUUAAACACCAAAUGCUUAAGGAUUCUUCAAGAUGGAGCGAAUAAAAUAAUUAUCUUUAUUCAACUGUUUUCAGUUACGAUUAUUCAUUCAGUAUUCAUGUAAAAUUCAAAGUGAAGUUUAUCACCAGUGUCUUAUAUUUCAGUGUAUCUGAUACCCCCAUCAAUGUUGUCCAGCUAAGGAAACAAAUAACCAACAUAAGGCAAAGAGCCAAUGAAAAGCUGGACAACAACAAAAAGACUGGUGGGGGAAAGACUUCAGCGUUCACUCCCAGUGAGAAGCUAUGGAUGGAGGCAACAUCCAAAAAAGCCUCUGUCCAUGGCUUAAACACAAGCCUUGACACCGAAGGAGCUGUGUGUGCCAACAAGGCCUUGACAAAUGCUAGAAAGCUAGUACUGCCAGAUGACCAUGACCUAGGUGCUUUGUGUGCCAGCAUAACUGUGGCAGAUACUGGUAAGCCACUACCAGAUGAGCAUGAUCAAGAUGGCAAGGCAAAGAAUGAUGUUUCCCUGCUCAGAGUUUCAAACUAUGGACAUUCUUCAGGCAGCAGUACAGAAAGACGACGUAGGUCAGAAAAGGAAUUAGAAAAAGACAACUUAACUCUCGACAACAAAAGAAUAAAACUUGACACUGAAAGAAUAAUAAAGGAAACUUAUAAAUUAGAAAAGGAAACAGCGAAAAUCGAAAAAGAAACAGCGAAAAUUGAAAAAGAAACCGUGAAAAUUGAAAAAGAAAUAGAAAAUAUAAAAUUGAAAAAAUCAAUUUUAGAAUUAAUGUUGUCAAGACUGGCAGAGGAUCCCCAUUCUGUCAGUUUAUUAGAUAAAUUUGAUUUUGAUUUUUAGCUAUUGUAGUCAUCCGAGCAUCGGCGUCUGCGUAACCACUUAUGUUAAAGUUUUUGUAAUACCUCAAAUAUUUUCAAAGUCCAUUGACAUAUGGCUUUGAAACUUUGCACACUUGUUCACCAUCAUGACCCCAACCUGUAUACAGGAGGAGGUAACUGUAUAAAGCAUUUGGCAGAAUAAUGCUCCUUUUUCCACUUAGAAUUUAUAUUUAAGUUUGCAUACCACCUCAGAUAUUUUCAUAUUCUAUUGACAUCUGGCUUUGAAACAAGUUGAUAUUUUAUACUCUUCUUUUAGAGCAUAAUAGGACUUUCUUCAAGGCCUAUAACUGUUACAGGUUUAAAAAAAAAUUGCCUUUUUGUUAACUUAGAAAAUUUUACAUUAUCAAGUCUGUCCAUCUGUCUGUCCAUCACAAAACUUGUCCGGAAUACUCCUCAUAAACUACCAGUGCAAUUUCAUCCAAACUUUACAGUAAUGAUCAGUACCAAGUCUAGUUGUGCAUAUUGUCAUCUAUUUCAGGUUCAAUGAUUUUUGUCAGAGUUAUUGCCCUUUAAUAAUUUUUAUUUCUAAAGUUUGUUCGGACUUCUUCUCUUAUACCACUAAUGCAAUUCCAUUGAAACUUAACAGGGUUGAUCUGUAGCUCAAGUCCUUGCGCAUAUUGCACGGGUUUUUCCGGUUGAAUGAUUUUUGGCCGAGUUAUGGUCCUUUGAUAAAAAGGUGUUUUUUUUUUCUGUGUGUUGCCAGAUACACAAAAAUUUGUCCGGACUACUCAUGAACUACUGAUGCAAUUUUAUCCAAACAAUACAGGAAUGAUCAGUACCAAGUCUAGUUGUGCACUGUCUGUCCGUCUGUCACAAAAUUUGUCACAACAUGAAAUUGGCCAUCAUGAGGCGACACAUGUGAUCACUGAUCGCUCUUGUUUUACUAUCAAGCACUAAGAAUAGUAGAGCGUUGCUGCCCUACUGACAGCUCUUGUUAAGACAAAACUAUAGCCUUUUUAGAUCACCUUUCACAAAGUGACAGGGUGAGCUUUUGUGAUCGCUUUUUGUCUGGUGUAGCUUUUGUGAUCGCUUUUUUGUCCGGCAUCCGUAAACUUUUACUUUAAAUGACAUCUCCUCAGAAACCACUAAGCCAAUUUCAUCCCAACUUCACAGGAAUGUUCCUUUGGUGGUCACCUUUUAUAUUUAUCUUCUUUUAAAAACCCAAAGAGCUAGAGCUUAGAUAUUUGGCAUGAAACAUUUUCUAGUGAAUUUCUACCAAGUUUGUACAAAUAAAAGCCCUUGGGUCAAAAUUGGCCCCGCCCCAGAGGGUCAUUGAUUUUCCCUAUAUGCACAUAGUAAAAACUUAAAAAAUCUUCUUUUAGAGAACCCAAAGAGCUAGGGCUAAGAUAUUUAGCAUGAAACAUCUUAUUAUGGAUGUCCAACAAGUUUGUUCAAAUAAAAGCCCUGAGGACAAAAUUGGCCCGCCCCAGGGGUCAUUCAUUUUCCUUAUAUGUGUAUAGCAAAAACUUAAAAAAUCUUCUAAAGAGCUAGAGCUAAGAUAUUUAGCAUGAAACAUGUUCUAAUAAGUGUAUACUAAGUUUGUUCAAAAUAUGUGUCAAACGGCGAUUUCCCACAAUAUGCUCAUAGGAUAAAAGGUUAAAACAACAAUAGGCCAAUUUUGUAAAAACUAAGAAAGAUCAUUCCUUCUAUUUUUAUAGUGUAGAGUCUUUUUGUCAGAUAUUUUGUAUUUUCAAAUAAUAAUCCUCAAGUCAUACUUUGCCCUGCCCCAGGGAACAUAUAUUCUCCAAAACUCAAUAGGGGUCAUCUACUGGUCAUAAACAAUCACCAUACCAAGUUUGAAAGUUCCUAGGCCUAAGGAUUGUUUAGUUAUUGAUCAGAAACCGUUUUACCUACAAGGUUGAUGUGACCUUGACCUUUGACCCCUUAACCCCAAAAUCAAGAGGGGUCAUCUGCUGGUCAUGACCAAUCACCAUACCAAGUUUGAAGUUCCUAGGCCUAAGGGUUCUUUAGUUAUCACUCGGAAACCAUUUGGUCUUCGGACCGACAAGUGCAAAGCAAUGUACCCCCUCUUCUUCAAAGUGGGGGCAUAAUAAAAGAAACUAAAAAAAUCUUCUCUAAAUCUACAAGAGCUAAAACUCAGUACCCAUGGUAUCAAAUAACUCCAUAGCAACCAAUGACUUUUUAUUAGCAAACUGGAACUUUGCUAGCAACCAAUUACUUCUACAGCAAACAUUAACUUUCCAUAGCAACAACUGAAUCUGUCUUUGUAUUUCAUAGCAGGCACUGACUACCAAGGAAACUUUUAAUUUUGUAAAGCAACAGGCGACUUCUUAUGUAAAUGUUGUUUUCCUUUAGCAAUAGCAACCAGUUGUUUUUACAUUUGCACUAUUUCAGGUACAAAUAUGAACUUUGUUAAAAUCAAAUAAUUAUUUAGAAUUUAUAUCUUCUUUAGUUUAUAGCUUACAAUAUUACUUUUUCCUUGUCAUUGGGAAUAUAAAUACUCAGAUGAGCUAAUAAUGGACUUGAAACUCUCAAAUAUUGAAUACAACAAGAACAUAAUUUAUGGUUUCUAGUAUUUAUUUUUGCAUUUUGCAUUAUUAAUAAAUAACAGAUUCUUUAUCAAAAAUAAUUGUAAAAAUGUAGAAAACGAUAUUUGUUUUGAUUUAUACAAAGUCAAUGUAGUAAAGCAAUUUUUUAUACAGAUUUUCUUUCUAUCUUCAUAAUGAAAUGGAAAUAUAUAUCAAUACUACAAUAAUCCAUGUUUUAUUGUUUAAGAACUUUGUGAUUCAUCACUCAGGCCUACAAAAGUCUUUGACUUUGUGUGUGUGUACCUUUAAACACUAAAUCAGCUUUAAUCGGCAAAAUAAAAUCACUCAAAAGUGAUAUAGUUUUGUGAAAUAGAUAACUGAUACCCAUAUCUUUUACUGUUCACUUGGUCAAAUUAUUUCAACUUAACUUUACAGAAAUGAUCAGUUAUUAUUUUGGAUAUGUGAUAAAAAGAAAAUCACAUUUGUGUUGAUUCAUUUCUAAAGUUAUUGAACUUGUUUAAUAUUAAAUAUUUUGCUCGCCAGAGGCUAGCAUGAUAUUAUUUUAUCCAACUUGUUCGAUUUCAUUAGUACUGAACAUACACUUGUUCAAUGUCCUUUAUUUAUUUUUGAUAUCUGCUUAUAUUUUCAAAAAAAAAAGGAUUUAAGUUAUACAUUUGCUAAUUACCUAAGCAAUCUUUUUCUGCUGCUUAUUUUGGCAAUAAAUACAUUUGAGCUGCGUCUCGACAAAGCCAACAUAAUGGGUUUGCAACCAGAAUGGAUCCAGACUAGCCUGCGCAUCCGUGCAUUCUGAUCAGGAUCCAUGCUAUUCGCUUACAAACUCUAUAAUAAGUACAGAAACUGAUAGCGAACAGCAUGGAUCCUGAUCAGACUGCGAUUAUGUUGGUUUUGUCGUGACACGGCUCAUUUACAGUGUUUUAGCAAUUUGAAUGGAAAUAAAAAUAAUCCAUGGUUUACAUUUCAUUACUUUUACAAGUAUGACCAAGACUUUCACAUUCAGCUCUAGAUUUUCCAGGCAAUAAAUUGUGUACAUCUAACAUGCUGUUAAGUCAUUUAUUAAAUGUUAUGAACCUCAUAUUUGCCCUUUUUUAAGAAGGAAAUAUUAAAAGGUUUCUGAGGCAUAAUGUGCCUUUAAUUCUUGAGUAUAAUGAAAUGUAUGUUAACAUCAACAUAAUAAAAUUUGAAAAUUCAAAA